CCCGAUAAUUGUAUAAAUAUGUAUGCAUACAUUGGAUUUAACAUAUAUUUCUACCAUGUUUAACAUGUAUUGGACUACUUGCCAAAUAGGGGAGAGCAUGGGGAAAGGGGGGGAACACAAGGUUUUGCAAGGGCUAAUGUUGAAGAACUGUCCACGCUUAUGUUUUGAAAAAUAAAAAAACUUUAAUAAAGAAAAAAAAGUGAUUGUGCUGCCCCAAAGGUCAAUAAUAUUCUUUGCCUGGGGCUGUCCUUCAUCUCAGCUAGUCUUUUCCAGCCCAGACCCUAAUCCCUUUCCCUGCCAAACUUCUACUCAUGCAGAUUUUCUAGAUGGGAUGGGGCCUCUGGAAGCAGAUAAUUAGCCAGUGCUAUCACUGGAGCGGGCUGUCUAAGGGAGAGAGUCUCCUUGCAAAGACUUGGGAUAAAUACACAAUUCACCCGUGGCAUGCUCCAUUUCAUGCCAGACAGGGAAGACUGUCUAUAACAUUCCACAGUCCUAAUCCCCUAGCUGACUCCUUCCUGCCCCAUAAUUGCCCCUUUCCACUCCUUCCCUUUUCUCUGUCCUCUGCUUUCUUAACCAUGAACUCUUUGGAAAAAAUCCAGGAUUAUUGGCUUCCAAAUAUUUAUUCCCUGGGCUAAGGGCUUUUUUUCCUUAGUUAUGAGAAUGGUGAGAAAUACUUCAUGCAAGGCUAGCCUAAUUUGUGAAUAUCUGAGGAUAAAUCAUUCCAGGAGAAAGCACAGGAUUAAGUGGGGAAAAGCCCUGAAAAUGAAAGACAGAGUGAUGAGCCUUAGGUGGGUUCAGAAUGCAUGCUCCGUACACAGGUCAGGUGGGUCCCUCCCACCUUCUCCCCCAUCUCCUCCAACUAAGACCUUUCCCUCAUCUCCCAGUGAUGUUUUAGAAAAAGAGAACUGCUGAGUUAAGGAUUCUGUCUUCCCUCCUGAUGAAUCUCGGUUUUUGUAAUCUUCCCUCCACCCACACUAAGAUGACUAGGAAGUCUGAAGGAAGCUCCUUCUAGCUUUUAGAUGCUGUGAUCCCUUUGGAAAAACGAGGCUGUCCUUUGAUGGCUAUUCUCUGUCCUUGCAAAUGAGAAUCUGCUGGGGAGUUGGAACCUGGAGAUAGAGCUAAGACUAUGAUAUCAUAGAGUCCAUGAGGUCACAGGUUCUUCAGACAGGAAAGUAAGGGUGCUGGGGAGGGGUAGGGGGAGGGGAAGGGGCAGGGGCAGGCCGCUGCUCCCUGAGCAGGUGGAGGCCCUUAGGCAGAGGGCCAGUAAAUGGGCUGAUGACUUCUCUGGGCCCCAAGCUCCACCAGGCAUCGCUCCUGGUUUGCCUCUUAUUGUUGCUGCUGAUGGUUCAAGGAGUGAAGCCCCAGACUGGGGAUCCAAAUGGGAAUGGAAGGAGCCAAAAAGAAGAGGGGGCCUCCCCAGUAGGUGAGGGUGAAGAACAGCUAGAGGAGCAAUUUGUGGCUUCAUCAAUUGGAGAGAUAAUACAGUUGCUGACCAUGGGGCCCUCAGACGAGGAAGAGGCAGAAGUAGAGGUGGAGGCAGAAGAGAACACAGCAGUUCGAGACCACCUCUUUGACCUGGCCUUUUGCUUCAAUCUUGCCAGCAUCCUGGUUUUUUUAUGAGGGACAUGGAGGCAGAGGUCAUCGCCUGGUUUCUGGAUGAGGAGCUGGACAUCUACCUCCGCUUCAUGAUUGCCUACUGAUUUCCCCGGACCCCAGGGUGACCCCCAAGGGGAUAUCUGCACUGAUUCUUGCUAGCUCCCACCCUCUGGUCCUAAACCUCGGCCUCAGAUGGUACUUGGGAAGUGGCGUAUAUCUGUUUCCAAAACCACUGCCUAAUUUCUGCCACUAAACCCCCUGGACAUCACCAUCCUGGGCCAGGGACACCGUAUCCCUCUCCUCUCUCUUCUCCUGUGCCCUGUGAUGGAGAUGACCAGAAGGUUGGGGAUGAGGAGGGAAGCAGCAGCAACAGUAAUAAAACCCCCAAAACAAACGAA